AUGGCUCUUAAAAUAUUUCUACAUUUAUUUCAGGUUUCAAGAGAAGAAAGGAGGAAUAUUAUAGUGUGGCUAUUUGUUAGCUUGUUGUUUGAUAUCCAGUUUAUUCAUACCUUUGGACAAGAGUAUUCUGGAGAUCAUUCAGCAACAGAUAUUCCUUCUAACACAGGCCUCCCAGAUGACUUUUACACAGAAGAAGUUACAUUUUCUGGCUACUAUCCUGACACCCAGCUUGUUACAGAUGAGCCCAGACGUUACCCUUCUCCUACAGAAUCAUAUUUUGCUGCAAGAGAUGUAACUACGGUUACAACAAGACUUCCCUACCACCGUCAGACUAUUCCAAGCGAAAGUGAAGACAUUUUACCUGCCCCAGAAGUAUCCUACUAUAAAGAAGGAAUUAAUUUGCUUGAGGAGUUCAGGGUACCCAGUGUUUCAGGAGUCCGGGUCAUUACAGGAUCACAGUCUCACCUUAAAGCGUAUGAGCUAGGAGCACAUGUGCGAGUUGGUCGACAAUCAAGGUUGAUAUUGCCGAAUGGAUUUCCAUUAGAGUUUACUUUAGUUUCCACCUUCAAAAUGCUCAGAAAGACAUCUGCAAAAGUCUGGAAUCUAUGGGAAAUGGAAGCAAAAAAUGGGGCUGAGCAGUUUAGGGUAAGACUGUAUGGGGAAAUAAAUGCGGUGGAAGUAUACACCAUUGCGGCAGCAAGCAGGGAUAAAAUCAUUACAUUUGAAAGCCAGGACACAUUGUUUGAUGGGAAUUGGCAUAAACUUUCACUGAGUGUCAAGAGAAACCAGCUUACACUCUAUGUGGACUGCCAACAAGUGGGCACCUCACCUGUUGCUAUUUAUAGAACUAUUAUUCCAGAUGGAUUCAGCACCCUGGCAAGGAUGGUAAAGGAUGAUGUCACAGCUAAUGUUGAUAUUCAGCAGUUUGUGCUGUUACCAGAUGCAGGGAGAGCAGCCGAAGAGACUUGCUGUGAGCUACCCGAAGUGCAAGAUGAAAGGUGUGCAAGUGUAGAUCAAACCGCUACAUCAUCAAGCUGUAACUGCUUGCCAGGGGAUCCUGGAUUUCCCGGAUUUCCUGGAUCCAAGGGUGAAAAGGGUAUCCAUGGAGCACAAGGAUAUGAAGGAAUCUAUGGCAGACAAGGAUACAGAGGACCAAAAGGAGGUCAAGGGAGAAGAGGUGAUCCUGGGCCAAGGGGAGAUCCUGGUCCAGAUGGUUCAGAAGGUCCUUCUGGGUUUCCCGGUGAUGUCGGAUUUCUUGGUAUUCCUGGAGAAAAAGGUGAAGAAGGUAUACCAGGGAAAAAGGGAGAACUUGGGUUGUCUGGACCGCAAGGAGAACCAGGAGAGAAAGGCAAUAUAGGUGAUAUUGGUAAAAUUGGCAGUGAUGGCAUUGAUGGAGGACCUGGAGAGAAGGGAUCACGAGGACCACCAGGAAAACAAGGACUAGAGGGACCUAAAGGACAAAAGGGCAUUAAAGGCAUUUCAGGUUUUGAGGGAGGCAGAGGGGAGACAGGAUAUACGGGAUAUCUUGGAAUCACAGGCGAUCAAGGAGAAAAAGGAAUAAAGGGCAUUGAAGGCUUGUCUGGUAUCCCAGGAAACAGAGGUGACCAUGGAAAAGAUGGAUUUGUUGGUGUACAAGGGAGAGAAGGUGACAUUGGAAAAAUAGGAUUAAAGGGAGACAAAGGAGAUCCAGGACCACAAGGCCCAUCAGGAAUUGAAGGCACCGUGGGACCAAAGGGUGCAAGGGGGGAUUCCGGGAUACCUGGAAAACCAGGACCUCAAGGAGUCAAAGGACCAAAGGGGUCACAAGGGCACACUGGAGAUGAUGGUGUAAAGGGUGAAAAAGGACGGCAGGGGGCCAAGGGAAAUGUUGGUGCAAAGGGCGAUGGUGGAGACAGUGGAGACAAGGGAUCUCAAGGAAAGCGUGGUCCUCCUGGUCCAGAGGGUCAAGUAGGCAGAAGGGGAACACCUGGAUUGCCAGGCUCAAGAGGUUACCCUGGUCCAGUUGGUGUGAAUGGACAACAAGGUCCUCCCGGAACUCCUGGACAUCCCGGGCCAUUGGGGCCAGAUAUGCCUGAACAUCUGGUAUAUGAGCUGUGCCGUAAAGUAGUAAUAGAGCAAAUGUCACAGUAUGCGGCUGCCAUUCGAGGAAAGUGUGCCAGUGCUUGUCCAACAGCCAAUAUGUCAUUAAUAGGACCACCAGGACCUCCAGGGCCACUAGGAAAAGCAGGAAAGAAGGGAAAAACAGGUUCUGCUGGAUCCAAUGGAAAUCGUGGGCCAAGAGGACCAAUUGGACUUCCUGGGCUAAAAGGAGCUGAUGGGGAACAAGGUGACAAAGGCAUUAAAGGACAAAGAGGUAACACAGGAAAUGGUCUUCCAGGGCCAGAUGGACGACAAGGGCCUACAGGUUACCCAGGAUACCCAGGGAUUGCAAAGAAUGGAGAGCCUGGAUCUCAGGGCCCUCCAGGUUAUACAGGGCCCCCAGGGCAACAAGGGCUGCAUGGUCCAGUAGGUGUGCCAGGGUUCUGUGAAGCCAGAGACUGUGGAAUUAAUGCCCCUUCUAUGCUAAAUGAGCAGGGCCUUUUAACAAAGAAAUUGUUCUGAACAACAGCGAAGUGAACCUAGAACAAAACAAGAUAUCAACUGCUACAGUGUGUUUGUCGUAUACCACUACCGUAUUUGCUCAGACAAUCAACUACUAGCCUUCCAAACACAACUCAAGUCUCACCAAACCAUCAUUCACUAGUUCUGUACAUUAGUAAGAGAGUCACCAAACAUGUUCAAAAAGAAUGAAAGAUUUUGAUGAUCAGUGAACCAACCCAUUUGUAUCCAACAAGAAAAUUUAAAAAGAUGAGAAUUCAAAACACUUUUUUUUUAAUAUGUAAAAAUACUUCUCAAGCCAAUGAUAAAUGAAGAUCCUAAAUAAAGAUUUUUAAUACAAUUAUUGACUUGACCGCAAAUUAUAAUUAAAUAUUAUGACCUAUGUUGUAAGUUAAUUUUAAAUUAAACCUAUUAAAAUGUG